GUUCAAGACCAUGGAACUCCACCAUUAUACGGCUAUGCGAAUAUUACUGUCAUCCUUAAUCGACAGAUGCCUACUCCAUCCGGUCAUUCGCUGAUAUCUGGGUCCUCAUCACAGUUCCACUCUCAAGGAAAUGUGCCACCGUUCAAUAAACUGGAAGCUAACGUUCGUCCACUACCGUACGCGGGAGCCAAUAAGGACACACUGGGUGCGACCACAAACGUCCAAUUUGAUCCUGAUACAAAUAGUGCUUGGCUAUCUUCUUCCAUUGACGUGGGAUCCCCAGACUCGUCAGACAGAUCCAGUCAGCAGAAAAUGUCAAAAUCAAAUAUGUUGUACUUCUCAUCAGAGCGAACUGUAAUCGUGAUCGUAUGUCUUGUUGCGAUGUCUACAUUGAUCGUCUUUGUCUUCUUAACCAUUGUCACCCUGCUUCGUCGUAGGCUUGGUAUGAUGGAGUCAGUAACACGGGAAAAUGAAGUAUGUGAACAAACGGACUUCGGAGAGCGAAGUUUUAUUCACUCGCAUACAAAAUCUUUGAGUCCCACAUUGACACAACAUGUUGACUUACCCACGCCGAACUCAUCUACUCCAAUUAUCACUGGAUUUCACACACUGAACGGCGCGCAUCCACAUCCUGCUACUUUACGAAACAAGUAUGACCGUGUGACUCACAACGCUUAUACGCCCUUGUGUUCCCUCGGCAUGGGACCAUUAAACCUUGAACAAAUUCUGCCCGAAACUCACCGUUCCACGGAAGCCACGUCCCAAGUUCGCGGAAAAUAUCCUAACACAGUAUUAUUGUCCGCGGUAAGUGCCAGCGGUGGCACACUGCGUACUGGACGCAGUCCUACAAGGUGGUGGGUGCAGCCACCAGCUACCGGAUACGUGACAUAUACUUGUCAAUCGAGAAAUUCCGACGGAGCGUUAAAUAUGGAACCCACAUUUAAGUGUCCAACAGAUGGCAUACAAUUAGCCAUCUCUGAUGAUACACCUCAAUCUGCUGAUUCAGAGGUAAACUCUGGCAAGGAAAAGGACACUGAGACUCAGAAAUGUAACAACUCUAGACGAGAUGACGCCUCGGAAAAUAAAAUGAAAUGUGUCAAAGCAACGGAGUUCGCUUGUGGGUCGCAAUGCUGUCAAGAUAUGAUCGAAACCUAUGGUGUCAAACCUGCUCCCGACAUCCUAAAGCUUCGAGUUCCUGUGCACGCGGAAACAAAUGCCAUCGAUCCCCUUACCGAUUUACAAUCGUUUCGUGGAUAUAAAACACGAAGAUGACGGUUUAUAACACCAAAGAUCUAUUGUCUAAUUUCGUUUGUUAAAUUUCAUCGGCCAUGCUCUGGAAAUUUGCCUCAGUAUAUUUAAAAAAGUUGCAUAAGUUUU